AUGCUGUGUCUAAAAGAGUACGAAGACUACGCCAGGCAGUUUAUGGACAAAAGAACGUGGGCCUUUUACUCUCAGGGAGCUGAAAGAGAAGAAACUUUAAGAGAAAAUUUGUUGAGUUUCACAAGGUUCAAAAUAAUUCCCCGGUUGCUGAGAAACACUCCAACACGAGAUCUCAGAGUGACCGUCCUUGGAAAUGAAGUUGCUUUGCCGUUCGGAAUAGCUCCCUCAGCAUACCAAAGACUUGCUCAUCCCGAUGGAGAGAUUGCUGCUUCAAGAGCUGCAUCUGAAAUGGAUACUAUUUACACAUUAAGUACUGUAUCCACUACAUCUUUAGAAGACAUUGCAAAACAUCAAGUACGCAACACUCCCCUUUUCAUGCAAGUUUAUCUACUGAAAGAACGAAGGUACAGUGCAGAAAUGAUCUACAGAGCCGAAAAGUGUGGGUACAAGGCAUUAGUUCUCACAGUAGAUACGCCAGUAACAGGUUUGCAGUUGAAGCUGUGGAGGACAAAUCUGGUGUUGCCACCUCACCUAAGCAUACCCAAUAUUGCCGAUGCUGUUCCGAAAGGACGCAAUGCUGCUGCAAAAAACGUGGACCUGUUUCUAGACACUAUUUCAUGGGAAGAUGUAGACUGGAUUAAAAGAAUAUCAAAGCUCCCCCUUAUUUUAAAAGGAAUCAUUACAGUGGAUGAUGCAGUGGAAGCUGUGAAGCAUGGAGUUUCUGCCAUAUGGGUGUCGAAUCAUGGAGGAAGACAACUGGAUUGCAUCGACACAGCACUGGAAGCUCUGCCCGACAUCGUAGCUGCUCUUAAAGGAUCCGGCUGUGAAAUCUACGUAGACGGUGGAGUUCGUUGGGGAAGUGAUAUUUUCAAAGCUCUAGCUCUGGGAGCUAAUUUUGUCUUCAUAGGUAGACCAGCUUUAUGGGGACUAGCACAUUCGGGGCAAGAAGGUGUGAAACGAAUUCUAGAAAUUCUGAAGACUGAGUUGGACAGAACAAUGCAUCUUGCAGGGUGCUCUUCUAUCAAAGAUAUCGGCCCACAUAUGUUAAAGAAUGUUCACUCUUCAAAAAUAUGAGCUCUUUCUUUGAAGUAGAUGGAUUUUUUCAAUGUAAAAAGA